CCUCGCUCGGAGCGUCGUGUCGGCCGUCCGUGUGAUUAUUCGCGGCGGGUUUUAUCGCGGUACACACUCACGAUCUCCGAUCACUUUAUUCAACAUCGGUGACGUUAUUGCAUUUUUUAAAGUUCUGAUACUUUCGAUAAUAUUGAAAGGCGACCGGUCGUGUAUCAGGUGUAGUGUCAGUGACGAGGAUGUCCAUGCGUCUGAAGGCAGUUCGGGGCGGCGCGUGUGGCGCGGCCAGGUGAACCAUGGCGGCGGCGCUGGCGCUGGCUCUCGUCUCGCUGGCGCUGGCGGGCCCCGGCGUGGGUGCCGGGCUGGGCCCGGAGCUCGCCGCGGGUCUCUCAUGCCCGGCCGCAGGGUGUACGUGCUCGGAAGGAGGCACGCGCGUGUCGUGUCGCGCCGCCGGCCUGGGCGCGCUACCUCCGCUAUACGACCGUCUGGUAGUACUUGACGUCUCUGGCAACAACAUCAGCGCUCUACCGAACGACGCACUGCUGCCCGCCGCUGGACUUAGAGACUUGAACCUGUCGGCCAACCUGCUGGAGGUGGUGUCGGCGACCUCCCUGGUCAGCUCUUCCGUGGCUCGCCUAUGGCUGGACCGCUGCGGCCUGGCUCGUCUCCCGCCUCUCAGCAUGCCGCGCCUCCAUCACUUGUCGGUCGAGGACAACUUUCUAUCUGGCUUGUCGAAGGGUUCCCUGUCCGAAUGCCGUUCUCUGAGGGUGCUCCGCCUGUCCCGGAACAAGCUGUCCGAGGUCCCGACCGCCGCCCUCGCCACGCUGACUCGUCUGCAGGCACUCAACUUGGCCGGAAACCUCAUCAGCGAGCUGACCGCAACCUCACUGCCUGAACUACCGUCACUGCAUACUCUAAUAUUAAAAAAGAAUCGCAUCACUCAUAUAGAACAGAGCGCCUUCUCCGGCUGUCCCUCGCUCCGUCAACUACGUCUCGAAGACAACCUGCUCACCGAACUGCCUCCGGCGAUAUACCUCUUACCGUCGCUCGAGGAUUUGUCGUUAUCUAACAACCUGGUGGAGGUGGUAGGUGGUGGUCUGCGGGCCUGCUCUCGCCUGGCCCGGUUGGAGCUCCGCGGGAACCCGCUGUCCGCGCUCGAGCCUCACGCUCUCACACACCUGCCCCGACUUACCACGCUUGUGUUGUCGGAAGCACGCGGUCUGAGCGUUUUUCCUUCCCUGAACGGUUCCUCUCGCCUCAACACGCUCCGCCUGGACCGAGCUCGCCUCACUCGCCUGCCCUCGGACCUGUGUCUGCACGCGCCCCUCCUGAGAGCACUAGAUCUGCGGUCGAACAAGCUGGAACAUGUUCCAGAUCUUCAGCAGUGUUCCGAGUUGCGUGUCCUGGACAUAUCGGACAACCAAGUGUCUUCGUUGGGUGCGGGAGCCCUGACGGGACUGAGGAGAUUGCACGACCUGCUGGUGGCCAGAAACCGUCUGAGACGAAUCUCUGCAGACACCUUCGUGCACACGCCACGCCUCCAGCUGCUAGAUCUCGAGGACAAUGAAAUCGAGCACAUCGAUAUGGAAGCGUUCGUCCCCAUUAAUAAAUUAGAAGACCUAAACGUGGGGAACAACCGCUUUCCUGUACUCCCCGCCAGUGGACUGCAGCGACUGCUGCACCUCAAGGCUCAUAACAACCCCGCACUGAGACGUUUCCACCCGCCUGAGGCAUUCCCCAGGAUACAGACUCUAGUCCUAUCAUACGCUUACCACUGCUGCGAGUUCAUGCCUCUUAUGGAGGGCGGGUCGAGCUCGGCGGGUUCGGCAGAGUCGGCGGAGAGCGGAGACGAGGAACCCGAACAGUUCAGCGACUUGGUGUUGCUACCGCCAGCACACGUCGACCUCGCCGCCUGGGCUAACGCCACGGAUAUUUGGCCACAUUACCUGAACGCGACUGGUGAGAGUAGUUCCCGACUCGCUGCCGUCGGCUGGGGCGACGUCAGCGCGGCCGAGCUCAAAUACGGAGGCAACCGUCGCGUGCGCUGCUUACCACUGCCUGGACCGUUUCUACCGUGUGUGGAUCUAUUCGACUGGUGGACGCUACGUUGCGGCGUGUGGGCUGUGUUCCUACUGGCCUUGCUGGGUAAUGGCACCGUCGUAUUUGUGCUCGUGUUCAGUCGCAGUCGAAUUGACGUCCCAAGAUUUCUGGUCACCAAUUUGGCGGCAGCAGACUUCUUUAUGGGAAUCUAUUUAGGUUUCUUGGCUGUGGUCGACGCGGGCACUCUGGGUGAGUUUCGCGCUCACGCUAUAGCCUGGCAGAUGUCGGGUGGCUGCCGGCUUGCAGGCUUUCUGGGCGUGCUCUCUUCCGAAUUAUCCGUUUACACGCUCGCCGUUAUCACGCUCGAGCGCAAUUAUGCAAUAACUCACGCUAUGCACCUUAAUAAGCGCCUGUCUUUACGACACGCGGCCGCGGUCAUGGCAGCAGGCUGGGCCUUCUCGCUAGCAGCAGCAGCGCUACCACUCCUAGGCGUGUCCGACUACCGCAAAUUCGCCGUAUGUUUACCCUUCGAAACAAGCUCGCCCGCAGCGCUCGGAUAUGUCGUUUCUUUGCUCAUCAUAAAUGGAUUUGCCUUUUUAGUACUCUUGGGAUGUUAUCUUAAAAUGUAUUGUGCUAUUCGCGGUUCCCAAGCUUGGAACUCGAACGAUUCACGCAUUGCAAAGCGUAUGGCUUUACUUGUGUUUACAGACUUUUUGUGUUGGUCGCCUAUAGCAUUCUUCGCCCUUACCGCCGCUUUCGGCGCUCAACUUGUAUCUCUGGAGGAGGCGAAAGUGUUCACGGUGUUUGUGCUGCCUUUAAACUCUUGCUGCAAUCCCUUUUUAUACGCCAUUCUAACAAAACAAUUCAAGAAGGAUUGCGCCCUAGUGUGCAAAGCCAUCGAGGAGUCUCGUGUCACUCGAGGCAUCGGUCGAUGUCGCCACUCCUCAAACUUCAGUAACCGCCAGACCCCCGCAAACACGAAUAGUUUAAACGAGCGAUCGUCUCGCGGCCAGCACGGAGCCACAUGCGCGUGCAGACGCCUGCUACCUACGGGCGGUGUUGGCGAGGGGCCCACCGCACCCACCGAGCCCGGCGGCGAGCGACUAUUACGCUGGCUGAGAGCGUGUGGCCGCCGCGCCACGGCCCCAGCCCCACCUGCGCCCCGUCAGCCACCUACCGCUCCCGUACGUACUGGCUCCGUUUCCUCGUCAGUGGAGUUCUCAUCAUCCCGUUCGGAUUCUUGGCGUACGUACGGCCGGCCUCCACCGCCGCCACGCCGCGCUGCUUCCUGGUUAGUGGCCAGGAAGACCUCUCAGGACUCCAACUUAUCCUCAUCCCGAAAUGACUCAUCUGGAUCUAACGCUACUGCUUCGACGGGAACUUGGCGUACAUCUCGAUCAGGAGGUAGUGCGACGGCCGGGGCCGGGGGUGCUGGUGGGCCCGUCGUGCCAAGCGCCGGAGUGGCAAGUGGGCGUCCGCGUCUCACGCGCCAGCCGGCUGUGAUGGCAGACGAGCCACCUCUGUCUCCGGGAGCGUUGCCCGCCCCUCGUCUGCUGCACACGAUACCUUCGGCGGCCGAGACGGAGGCCACGUUGGAGGAACCUGACGUGCGCUGAUCAUUCUCCAGCACUCUGUUUAAACAGUGUCUUAUCUUACCCGUCCAAAUUUGAAAAAGUUACGCGACUCUACCGGUUUCCGCUGACGCCUAAAUAAUUUUAUCCAAGAAAAUGUAUAAAUUUCAACGGAAGACUACUUAUAUUAUUGUACAGUAUUAAAAGAAAAUUCUGUUUUAAUUUUUAAGAACUGUUAACCUACGUACUGCGAUUAGAUUCAAAGAAUGAUGUAGAAUAAAAAAAAACAUCUAUCGAACGUUCUUAACAUACACUAAUAUUAAGACAACCAAAAGUUUCUCAGCUUCGAUCUGUGGACUGCGGAUCGAUGUUUUUGUUAUUCUAUACUGUUUACUUGAAGUAUUAAUCGAAUAUAUUUACCAUAACGGAUUGUUCAGCAUAGAAAUAGGAAAUAUUUACUUAGUGGAAUUAUUACAUAGGUAAAUUAUUUAUUAAUAUAUUCACAUUAAUUCGUUUAUAAUGAGUGUUACAACUUUUUAAAGAGUUGAUUAGAAACUAAGUGCUAUUAUUGUUGUUUAAAUUAAAAACGAAAUUAGCGUAAGGCCUCCGAGGCCGUGGAACAGUAUUCGACUACAGUAGG